GCCAGCAGAAGGAGCUAAAGGAGCUGAAGGACUUGGGAAUUCACCAGGAGUCGCGGAUUGAACCCGCAGAUUGGUACAAGUACAAGGUCGCAAAAGAGGAGGCGCUCGCGGCUGCGGCAUCAAACGCGGCAUGGCUCAACGCAAAUAAACCGUCGACACCGUCAAGAAAUAUUAUGCCAAGCAUGUAGGUCAAUGACAAGAGCAGUACGUGAAUGAUUCUGAUUCACGACCCAAUCUCCUGCACGACUGUUGAUGCCUGGAAGUCCUUACUUAGUCACCUCCUUCGUUGCGCUUCGUGACUUCAUAUUAUUUGAGGCUGCAGGGUGUCAUCGUAUAGUCUAGGGGUUGGCAUGCUAGCCAAUGAUAGACUUCACGGAAUGGGGUGGCGAAGUUAUAAUAAUAUCAUAUGUUCCAGGGGUGGAGCCUCCCCCCGGUGGAUGGAGCGGUGGCGGCGUCCGCGCGCCCUUUUUUAUUUCUACUUGGGUAUAUAUAAAUUCAUAUUCCGGGGGGCUGCACGCCCACGCUCCCCCCCCCUGUGGAUGGCUCUGCGGUGGCGCCUGCUGCGCGCUCUUUUCCGCGCAGAUUUUCGCGGGUUGUAGUGUUGGAAGGCGUCAAAACUUGGCGCGGGUGUCCCCUUGCGCCUAUCUGCAUGCUCCUCACGGACCUCCUGGCCUCUGCUGACCCUCGCAGGCUCGAGGCCUCCGGGGGAGAAGGCCGCCGAAGGCGGCCACGGUCUCAAGAGCAAGCAGGCCGAUGACCCAGGGCCCGGAGGGUACAGGCCACACGGCUCAGGGGGUCCACUCUUGUGCCUUUUACCGCCUUCGGAGGCCUUCCACACCCGUCGCGCUGCUGCGGCGGCGAAGCACAUCGGCAGUCUGUCGGGCACAUGCAAAGCCCCUCCGGGUCUCUCGCGACCCUUCUGGAAGCCUUCCACCCCCGGCAGACGGCUCACAAAAGGGUCUGGGGCUGCACGGUGCCCCCCCUGCGCAGGGGGGGCACAGUCGCCCUGAGCCCUGGAGCAUAUAUUUAUAUAUACGACCAGGCUGUAGUGUACUAGUUUUAGUGCAAUUUUUAGCAUCAGCCGCUCGUACAGUGGGUGCAGCUGCUGGAGUAAAUAGAAACAGAGGAGUUGUGAAGACUUGUUGUUCAUCUUUCCAUCUAAGCUGAAGAGGGACCGGGAUACAACUUCUCCCUACGGUGAGUCAUCGAGGCCUCCCAUGUCAGGCUCAGCAAUGGACACCGAUCAAAUGUUUGCCGCCGCUCUUCGGGGAGAACGAAGAUUUUUCGAGGAUAGCUAGAAGUCGAACAUCAGAGAUCAACUUUACUUGCUACAUCUAUAACUACUAGGAAAUUCCACUUACCUAUUGACUAAUUUCAAAGUACUUAAUAGAAAUAAAGAUAAUUGAAACGCGCACUUCAGAGAGUGUAUGACGAUCAUUAGUACAGGAGAAUUUUCGUAUGUAUGAAUAUUCAGACUUUCCCACGUCAACGUCAAUCGAACGAAAUCAUCGAAGUUAUUGCAGCUAAUCUAGUCCGGCUCCUGACAUUACAAUCUGCGCGGUGGAGACACAGUUUCACUUGACUUCAGGAAAAAACGAUCGCGGGGUAUUUGCAAGUUUUUUCAUCAAAGACUGAGUAAUU